AACAUUACCAUCUAUAAUAUCAGGUACAUUUCGAAUAACUGGUGAUAUUGGUUCAAGUGAAGGUCAUCUUGCUUGUAUUAGAGUUCAAGCUACUCUGAACACAUAA